UGUACAGAAAUCGAUUGGCCAUUUUAGCUGCACCAAUAAAUAGUAAAUAAAGCCUCAAAGCUGGAUUUUAGAUGCACUUUUCCUUUAGGGCCUACAUGUUGUGCAGUGAGUGUGAUGUCACAAUGGGCACCUCCAGCACUCACAGCCUGUAAACAACAGUCCCAUGACAUCACUAUGACAUCACAAUGGGAGAACCAACACUGUUCGCAGCGUGCUCAAACUGGCCACAGUUGGUAAACAACUGCGUAAGAGGAGGUUAGAGAAGGAGGAUGGGCUUAUUUUUAUCAACAUCGGAUAGCUCCUCGGAGUACUAUACCGCACCAAAUUCUCCUGAUCUUUCUUUCAAUAAUGAAUCUAAUGAAAAUUUCACUUCUUGGGCUCAUGAAAAACAUUCUGUGGCCUGUCAGACUGAUCUGUCUUUUCAGACUGAUCUGUCGGUUGUGGAUCCAUAUUGGGAGGUGCUGGACCCCAAACCCGAUAUCCACGUCCUAUUUGAAGAGUUUAAUACAAAAUUCUUUGGUGGACAGUUGCCGCCAAUAGAACUUAAAUGGAGUAACAGGUUAUGCAUCGAUACGGGCGUUUUCAUACAUGAUGAUAAAACUGGAAUAUGCAAAAUUCACCUGAACAAACCUCUCCUUGAUUUACGGGCAAGGAAAGAUACAGUGCAAACGCUCCUGCAUGAAAUGAUCCACUACUACCAGCGACUCAGAGGAACGCAUGACCUUGAGCAUGGCGCUACCUUUAAGUAUCACAUGAAGCGAAUCAAUAGAGAAAGUGGCGCAAAUAUUACAAUCUAUCACGAUUUCAUUCAAGAAUACGAGUCACUGAAGCGCCACUGGUGGAAAUGCAAUGGCCCCUGUCAACAAGUCGUGAAGCGGCUUAUGAACAGGACUCCGGGCACCAAGGCGCACAAGCGCAAAUGCGGAGGAGACUUUAUAAAGAUCCAGGAACCAGAGAACAAGAGAAUGAGAACUGACCCAUAGAAUCACUUAAUUAAAGACAUCCUGUCAGUUUUUAGUUAACAACAAGGCUGCCCCAAGCGCAAAUGGGCAGGGACACUUCUAACUACUGAGGAACCUCACAAGAGUCAUUCAGACAAAAGAACUAUGUUUGGACCUACAGAAGGACUUUCUACAGAGACUUUCCUCUUGGAAACCUAGAGGAAGACACUUUCAUGUUCCUUUGAUCGAUACGGGCGUUUUCAUACAUGAUGAUAAAACUGGAAUAUGCAAAAUUCACCUGAACAAACCUCUCCUUGAUUUACGGGCAAGGAAAGAUACAGUGCAAGUAAGUCUUCUCUUUGUAUAAUAGAUAUAAUAGUCAAAAUCAGUUAAAAGGAGAUAGGGAACUAAUCUUUUAUCUUGGGUCCAAAUGGAAUGGCAGAUAUA